AUGUCCAACUUGCUGCUGAUGGAUCUGCCGGUUGAGAUGCUUCAUCGCAUUUUCGAUGAACUCGAUGUGUACACGAUUAUCAGUUCAGUUCGUGGAGUUUGCCGACAACUUCGCGACACUGUCAAUUCCUACAACCGUUUUAAACUCAAAUUCAGUUCGAUAGAAGAAUCUCGUCUAAAAUUCGUCUCUCGUCAUAUUCAACCGUCAAAUGUGAUUUCACUCGACUUAGUUGGUGGUCAUAAUGACGAAGGAUGCAUUCGAGUUUUUCUUCAAAAUUUUAACAUUAAUCAGUUCAAUCGACUUCGUUCGCUGACUAUUGAGCAAGCUCAUAACAUUGGAUUUGCCGACCUGCUUUCAAAUGUGUCCACUGAUCUUAUGUUUUCAUUGACGAUUAAUGCACCUAUACUUCGACCGGAAACUUUCUCGAUUAUCUUACAGUUAAUCAUCGGCACUAAUCUUCGCAAAUUGAAUUUAAACAGUUUUACUUAUAAACCGACUAUAGUAUCGUGGCCAAUCCAGAAUACAUUAGAACAACUGACAAUCGGUGGUUGUUCCUAUGAUGGAUAUCGUCUCAUCGUUGCUAAUUCACAUGGCUUAAGAAAAUUGAUUAUCAAAAAUGGUCUUAUGUCAGGUGUUAGUGAAGCUGUUUCUUCAUAUGCAUCAGUAGGGCUCGAUUCUGCAAAGAGACAACGCAUUUCCAACGAUUCUCAAGUAUUGGAUUCACAAUUAUCUUCAUUGACUAUUGAAAGCUGUCGAAUCUUAACUCAACAUCUCGAAUGUUACCUUUCGUUGACACGUUCGCUUGUUCAUAUGAAACUGGUUCUGUCCAGAUCAACACUUGAUUCGUUAUUUGAAGGUUCUUUUUGGGAACAAUUGAUUCGAAAUAAUUUACCUGUAUUGAUUAAGUUUGAGUUUUGUCUCACUUGCGAAAACAUUGAAUUUAAUGCUGAAUCUACUUUUGACUCAAUUGUUUCGCCAUUUCAAAGUCCAUUCUGGCUUCAGGAUAAGAAAUGGUUUGUUGCCUGUGAUUACAUUUUACGAACAUCUGAACUUGUGCUUUAUACGACACCAAUCUGUGUGAAAACGGGAAGAGAAUGGACAACAUUGAGAGCAUCAUCGCUAAGUCCAAAGUGUUAUUGUCACUUAGGCUGGUGCGAAAAUCAAUUUGAUCCUAUUGAGUCGAAAACUUUUUCCAAAAUGAACCUUGUAUCCAGCAAGAUUAGCGACAACAUCCUGCAGUAUAUAACAUUGGCACUACUCGAUCAAAAAACCAUAAAAACACUCAAACUUUCCCAUAAUCAAAUAGGAGAUAUGGGAGCUAAACAACUAGCCGAUGCAUUACAAAAUCAUCAAGUACUUACUGAUCUAGAUCUUUCCUACAAUAAUAUAGGAAACGAUGGAGCAAAAUAUCUUUACUAUAAACUGAAAGACAAUAAAACACUCACCAGAUUAGACCUCAAGAAUAAUCCAGGAAAAUACUGUCAAUUUGUGAGCCUGAAUUUUAGAAUACGAUCCUAUGAAGGACUCGUCGAAAUCCGUUUGAAUUCAAAAUGUAUCGAUGACGAUGGGAUGAUAUUUCUAUCUGAAGUAUUAUUCAACAGUCCAAUCAAAUUAUUCUCACUCGAUCUUUCCCAUAAUGAAAUUGGAGACAGUGGAGUGCAACGAUUAGCCGAUACAUUACGAAACAAUCAAAUACUAUGCACACUUGAUUUGAGCAAUAACAAGAUAACCAACUUUGGAUUUCAGUAUAUUUAUGAUAUUUUGAAAGAAAAUCAAUCUCUCAAAGAAUUGGAACUUAAAAACAAUCCAAGCAACUAUUGUGUAGCGAUGAGCGCAGCAAUUAAAAUACGAGCGAAUGGAAAGACCUCGAAAAUGAAUCUUAGUGGGGAGAACAUCGGUGAUGAGGGGAUAAAAUAUAUUAGUGAAGCAUUACACAAUAAUCAAAGAUUGAUUGAAUUGGAUAUUUCCAACAAUGCAAUUGGUGAUAUUGGAGUAAAGUACUUAUCUGAUGCAUUAAAACACAACCAAACGCUAACUAAACUUAUUUUGAGAGUAGAUCGUGAGAAGAAAGAGUGGUACGAUUGUUUCAGCUAUCAAUCAAAAUCGUCACCAUCAACCAACUGUGAAAACCGAAUCAGUGAGGAAGGCACAAAAUACUUAGCUGAUGCAUUAGAAACGAAUAAAACCUUGAGAAAUCUUGAUCUCUCCGGAAACCGAACUGGAGAUGCUGGCGUGAAAUAUCUCGCCAAUUCAUUACAAAAGAAUCAAUUAAAAGAACUGAUACUUGCAAAUCAAUAUAAAAACUAUCAAAUCGGCGAUCUUGGUGCACAAUAUUUAGCUGAUGCAUUAAAACAGAAUACCUGCUUAACAAAGCUGGAUCUUUCUUCAAAUCAAAUUGGUGAUACCGGCGCACAGUAUUUAGCCGAUGCGCUACGAAAUAACCAAACAUUGAUCACGCUGAAUCUUGAAAGUAAUCUAAUACAGAAUACUGGUUUGGAAUAUUUACACAACGCCCUCAAAGAUAAUCAAACACUUAAGGAACUAAAACUCGCUAAGAAUCCUGGUAGCUUUGGUAUGGCAGUGAGUGCGGCAAUUCAAAUACGGAAUAAUCAGGCGAUCACGACAAUUAGUGUCCAAUGUGGCAGUAUUGAUGAUGAAAGUAUUAAGUUUGUGAGUGAAGCUUUACUUCACAACCAAACGUUGAUCGAAUUGAAUCUUUCGUCUAAUAAACUUGGUGAUAUUGCAAUGCGAAAUCUAUGCAAUGUGUUGCAAAAUAAUACCACACUUACCUCAAUUGAUGUUUCAGGGAAUCAAUUUGGAGAUAACGGAGUGAAAUAUCUGGCUGAUGUCUUGAAAAACAGCAAAACGCUCAUCAAGUUAAUUGUCAACAGUUACGAUUUCAAUGAUAAUCGUCGAGUCAGUGACAUUGGAGCACGAUACUUAGCUGAAGCUCUGAAAACCAAUAAAACAUUACAAGAAUUAGAGUUAAAUAUGAAUCCCAGAGGAUAUUGUGCAGUUCUACAAGAAGUUGUGAAAGCAAGAAAUAAGAACAUCACUACGAUAGACUUAGGUGGAUAUGAAAUAAAAAGUGAAGAGCUACAAUAUCUGGUUAGCGAAUUACAACAUAAUCAAACGUUGACCGCAUUGAAUCUGCGAGGUAACAGUUUGGGACAAAAUGAAGCAAGAUACCUUUCUGAUUUGUUGAGAAACAAUAAAACACUGAAAGAGUUAGACCUCACUUACAACGAAAUUAGGGAUACUGGAAUACAGUACUUAGCUAAUGCCUUGUACAGUAAUACGACGCUAACAACAUUAACUCUUGAUGAAACUAAAAUUGGACAUGUUGGAGCAAAACAUCUUGCCAAUGCCUUAAGAAACAAUCGAACACUCCUUACACUUGACAUAAAAUCAAACCACAUUCACGAUAUUGGUGUGCAACAUCUGGCUUCUGCUUUGAGAACCAACCGAACGCUCGAAGUGUUGAAGGUUGGCAAUAACAGCAUCUCGAAUAAACUACGAAGUCAGUUGACGUCAGAAGACCAAAGAUGGUGUUUCACAAUAGAACGUCGACGUCCUUUUGAUGAAGAUGAAUGGCUUUAUUAUGAAUCAGAUUGA